GUGUUUCACUACGUCGUCGACGUCUUGUUUGCGCUCGACGUGCUCGUCACCUUUAACAUUGCCUACUACGAACACGACCCGCGGGACGAGCAGCGCACGCUCACCCUCAAGUAUUCGAGCAGCAUCUCGGCCAAGGACAAGUACCUCGUUCGAUCUCGGUCCCGCAUCGCGUGCCACUAUGCGCAAAGUUGGCUGCUUCUGGACCUCCUGGCGGUCAUUCCCAUCGACUUGAUCGAGACGCUUCUGCACGUGCGUAUGGCCGACAUCCAGGACGCGGUGCUCCUCAAAGCCACUCGGAUUCCGCGGGUCUUGGGCAUCCUUCGACUGGCCAAGGCGCUCAAGACAGACGGUCCGCUCUGGUGGUGGCUCGAGUUCUCCACUGGCUCGGUCCUCACGCGUCUCGUGCGCUUGAUUCUGAUUGUGAUGUACAUGGACCACAUCUGCGCCUGUAUCUGGUACGCGAUUGCGUCCGCGCCCGGCGGGUGGGGCGACAUCCACUUUGACCCGACCAGUCUCCGCUCCACAUACGCGCGUUGCUACUACAACUGCAUGAUGGCGCUCCUUGGCCAAGACAUUCUGCCGACGUCGAUGAACGAGAUGAUCUUUCUCACCUUCGUGUCGAUCGCGGGCUCGGUGGCCAUGGCGACGGUCUACGGCGACGUCGCAAUCGUUGUCUCGAGUCUGUACGCGGACUCGACCAAGUACCGCGAAAAGAUGAAGGGCGUGUACGAGUCGAUGCAGCACCUCGGACUGCCGCAGGAAGUCCAGCAGCGCGUGCAUCUCUACUACACGUACCUCUGGCAGCAGUACCACACCCUAGACGGCCGGUCCGCGCCGUUUGUCUCGGAGCUCUCGACCAACCUCCAGCGCGAAGUCAUGCUCUACCUGAACGCGAAAAUGAUUCGAAGUGUGCCGCUCAUGCAAGAGUGCAGCCCCGAAGUCGUCCAGGAGAUCGUGCUCCAGCUCGAGACGCGCGUCUACAUGCCCGAGGAUUUCAUCAUCAACAUUGGCGAGACCGGAUUUGAGAUGUUUUUCGUGCAGCGGGGCGAGUGCGAGGUGCUCGUCGAAGCCGGUGGUCGAGACAAGCGCGUGAUCAAGCUCAUCUCGGUCGGCGACUACUUUGGCGAAAUCGCGCUGCUCAUGGACUGCCGGCGCACGGCGUGUGUCCGCGCCAAGACGUUCUGCGUGCUCUGCGUUCUGCACCGGACGGGGUUCCGCCAAAUCAUCGCGCGCCACAAGGACGAUCGCCAAAAGCUCGAGUCGCUCAUCAUGGAAAAGUACAAGAACGACGCUGUCAAGCCCAAUGUGGCCAAGACCACGGGCCAUGGGCCAUCGGCCGCCCCAUCCUCCGCGCACCGCCCCACCCAUCAUGUGCCCCAGCACGUUGCAGGCGAUCGACAUGGCAUGGGCACUGACAAGGCUGCGCUGCGAAUGCUAUACGACGCAACCACGUGCCUCCACGACGUCACGUCGCGCAUCAACCAGAUGGAGCAGUCGAUCGAGAAGCUUACAGUGGCCGUGCGUCUCAUGACCGCAGCGCAAGAGACGGUGACGCGCCAUACGAUGCUGCCGAGCCGAGGUCCGUCGAUGCAACGCGUCGAUGAAACAAUGCCGUCGGUCGCGCCGAAAAGUGUCGCCGGCGACCUCUUGGUCACCGAUCUCGAUGGCUCGCUCCGCCAACACAAGCGACGGAUCACGGUCGUCCAUCAAGUCAGAAACGUUGCGCCGUCCGAGGCCAUCAAGCCGCCGACCACCGAGACGAUCGCGCCGGCCAACGAUGUGUUUCGUGACGAGGCGACGCUGCGGGAGCAGAUCUUCUCGAACCUCGAUCGCGUCGAGAGGGCGCUGCUGGAAGAUACGCGCGAGACGCACCAGUCGAGCUCGCAGACGUCCGAGGAAAAGCCGCUUAUUUAA